AUGAUUGUACCCUUUGCUGGGUUUUCUCUCAUUUAAUUUCCUAAGCAUUUGGGAAGCUCACCACCACACUUAACACAAAAUCCAUUAGGAAUUUAGAAAUCAUUCUCGAAACCCACAAAAAAAAAAUUCUUUAUAAAACCAACAAAGUGUCUGCUUCUUCCAUCACUGAAAACCAAACACGAAAAAAAAAAUAUUAUUAUAAAAUUAGAAAAAAGUAUGUCUCCUCUUCUUCCCCAUCUUGUCCUUUACCUACUUCUCUUGACGGUGGUUACCGGAGAAACUCUCCAACCAAGAUUCUACAGCGAAACAUGCCCUGAAGCUGAAUCCAUAGUAAGAAGAGAAAUGAAGAAAGCCAUGAUCAAAGAAGCAAGAAGCGUCGCUUCCGUUAUGCGUCUCCAAUUUCACGACUGUUUCAUCAAUGGAUGUGACGCGUCUCUGUUGCUUGACGACACACCGAACAUGCUUGGUGAAAAACUAUCACUUUCCAACAUCAAUUCACUGAGAUCUUUCGAAGUUGUUGACGACAUUAAAGAAGCUUUAGAGAGAGCUUGUCCUGCUACUGUUUCUUGCGCCGACAUCAUUAUCAUGGCUUCUCGUGACGCCGUUGCUCUGACAGGAGGACCGGAUUGGGAAGUGAAGUUAGGGAGGAAAGACAGUUUAACGGCGAGUCAGAAAGAUUCAGACGAUGUAAUGCCGAGUCCAAGAGCAAACGCAACUUUCUUGAUUGAUCUCUUCAAAAGAUUCGAUCUUUCUGUUAAAGACAUGGUGGCUUUAUCUGGGUCACACUCAAUUGGUCAAGGCCGGUGUUUUUCGAUCAUGUUCAGGCUUUAUAACCAAUCCGGGUCAGGUAAACCGGAUCCAGCUCUUGAACCGGGUUACAAGAAGAAGCUUAACAAGCUUUGUCCUUUGAGUGUAGACCAGAACGUGACGGGAGAUCUAGACGCAACGCCACAGGUUUUUGAUAAUCAGUACUUCAAAGACUUGGUUUCAGGGAGAGGGUUUCUUAACUCGGACCAGACUCUGUACACGAACAGAGAGACGAGAGAGUAUGUGAAGAUGUUUAGUGAGGAUCAAGGAGAGUUCUUUAGAGCAUUUGAAGAAGGGAUGGUGAAGAUGGGUGAUUUGCAAUCUGGGAGACCUGGUGAGGUUAGGUUUAAUUGUAGGGUUGUUAAUAGAAGGCCUAUUCAUGGAUUGCUCGAGGCUUGAAAUUAAUAGAGACAGAGCGAGAGAGAGAGAUGUUAUUUGAUUUCUAAAUAGAUGCGAAUCUUUUAAAAUACUUACAUAAAUAAUUCUUUGGUCACUGUUGCAACUUUAUAUCCGUAAAAUUGGCGAAAAGAAACAAAAGAAAAAAAUAUCGCGAGCUUUGCCCGUUUCGAUUUUAUUAAGACAAUCGUUUCUUCUCUUUCUCUCUCGCAAAAACCCUAGCCGACAAAUCAGAUCUGAUCUCCGAGCAUCUCCUUCGUCCGGCGUUGCUAGCCGGCGAUGUGAGAGGGCAUCUCUAGCUCGAUUAAAGUAGCGCUUCAUCUUGGAGAGCUGGUUGCAUAGUGGUUUCGAGGUUUUCUACUGUUUUCUCUCCGGCAGUGCUGAGGCGUGGUGUAAUCGUGGCGGCGAGGCAAUGCGGUGGCGGACUC